GCCUUAAUCCGGCCCUGGUCCACGCACUCGCUACACUACUCCGUUAAACACGGAAACGCCGCGCCAAAGUUGCUCAAUUUCCCGUAAUAGGCGUGGCAUCUCUCUCUCUGUGUGUGUGCCUCACCUGACUGAGCACACUGCACAGUCUCGCCUUUGUACGAGCAGAGCACAACCAGACGCAGCACGGCACCAGAAGCAGCAGUAGUACCACCACAGAAUCAGUGGCAGCAGCAGCAGCAGCACACCAUGGCGGUGGACGAGUACGCGAAGGGCCCGCUGGUCCUGCUGGAGUCGGACGAGGAGAUGAAGUUCAGGGUGAACCGGGAAACCGCCGCGGUGCUGUCUGCCAUAGACAAGCCCCUGGUGGUGGUGGCCAUCGCAGGCAGAUACCGCACGGGCAAGUCCUACCUCCUCAACCGCCUGGCGGGAGGGGGCGACUCAGGCUUUGCUCUGGGACACAGCGUGCGUGCACACACGCGAGGAAUCUGGGUCUGGCCGCUUCCCCACCCGCGUGAUGACAGCAAGUGCCUGCUGCUGCUGGACACUGAAGGCCUGGGCGACAUCAACAAGGGAUCGUGUGAUCAUGACACUUGGCUGUUUGUGAUGUCCAUUCUCCUGAGCUCCACGCUGGUGCUCAACGCGAUGAGGACCCUCGAUAAAGACAGCUUCGAACUGCUGCACUUCGUUUCGAACAUGGCCGAGCACGUGAAUAUGAAGAUCCACGGGAGUCCAAGCGCCGGCGAUGACCAGGAGGAAGUCAACUACAAGACAAUCUUCCCAGUGUUUGUGGUUUGUAUCAGGGACAGCUUGUCGACCUCUGAAGACACCGAGAGCUCCUGCUCUGCAGAUGAGUUCAUGGAGGAAUGCCUGCAGAAUGGCAAGAAAUCUUCGGAGUUCAAGGAGACCUGUGAGAUGUUGUGCAAAUAUUUCACGGAGAGAAAGUGCUUCAUGUUCCCGAUGCCAGCACAAAUGCUCAAAUUUACCAAGCUGAAGGAUUUACCCGAUGAUAAGUUGAACCCAGAAUUCGUGGAGACGCUCAAGGAUUUUGAAAACUACGUUCUCGGAGAGGGAAGAGUGAAACACAUCAACAAGGCAGUGCUCCGAGGCCCCCAAUUCGUUCAGAUAGUGGAGCAAUACGUGACAGCUCAGCACAGUGGCGCCGUGCCCUCUAUCGAGGAUGCGCUGGGGAAUGCGGUCAAGUCGAGCAAUGAGAAGGCCAUGGGGGACGCCCUGGAGAUCUACACGAAGGGCAUGGAGUCGCUCGACAUGGAGCUCCCAAUGGAUUUGUUUGAGCUGGAGCAUCACCACAAAGGAUGCAUGGAGAUGGCAGUGAAGCAUUUCCAUGAGAAAUCAGUGCUCGACCGUGAAUUCACCCAUCAGAAAAUCUGCAUGGCAAAGCUUGUCAUGGAGCGAGAUUCUUGGAUCAAGAAGAACGGAGAUGUCUCGUUGACGAAGUGCGAUGGAUGCCUGCACGAGCUGUUCAAGCCGCUCAAGGAACGCGUGGACAAAGGCGAGUUCAAGCAUCCUGGUGGCGCCAAGGAGCUGAAGAUGGAGAUGGAAGUGAUCAAACGGAAGUAUAAGGAGACACCGGGACUCGGAGACCAGGUUGACAUUGCGUUGGAAGUCUUCCUGGAGACAUUCGAAGAAUGGUUGAAGAACCACCGUGAAGUUGUGGAGGAAGGCGCGGAAGGAGCCCUGCAAAUUUAUGACAAACAUGGCCAUGAGGUUGUGCUUAAGAAGCAACUUCAUGAUGGUGCUAAAGCACAGGCUGUGGAGGACCUGGCAAAGGUGAACGAGGAGGCGUUUUCCUUGAAGAUGAAGGUGGAUGAAAAGGAAACCGGCAUGGACAUGGCAGCUGAACUGAGUUCCCAACAGUCAGCGCUGCAGAUAUUCUUGAAGAAAUUUGCGAUAGGACGUAUCAGGUUGAGCUAA